AUGCUGCUUCUCAGAAGACAGCCCAAAUAUUCUCGGAAGAGUACCCCCAGGAGAAACAAGCUUGACCACUAUGUCAUCAUCAAGUCUCCCCUGACCACUGAGUCAGCCAUGAAGAAGAUUGACAACAGCAACACACUUGUGUUCAUUGUGGAUGUCAAGGCCAACAAGCACCAGAUCAAACAGGCUGUGAAGAAGCUCUAUGACAUUGAUGUUUCAAAAGUCAACACCCUGAUUAGGCCUGAUGGAGAGAAGAAGGCAUAUGAUCAACCAGCUCCUGACUAUGAUGCUUUGGAUGUUGCCAACAAAAUUGGGAUCAUCUAA